CUAGGAGGUGGUUGGACGCGAGUGGCGGCGCCCCUUAGACGUCGUGACUUCCACGCUGAGAAGAAUCCCAGAGUGCAGCCAUGGCGUGUCGUGGGAAAAGGCCCGAGCACCGCGGGCCCCCUGAGCUGUUUUACAACGAAGACGAGGCCCGGAAGUACACGCACAACUCACGGAUGAUUGAAAUUCAGACACAGAUGUCAGAACGGGCCGUGGAACUUCUCAAUCUGCCUGAGGACCAGCCCUGCUUCUUGUUAGAUGUUGGCUGUGGUUCUGGGCUCAGCGGUGACUUCAUUUCAGAGCAGGGGCACUACUGGGUGGGCAUUGACAUUAGUUCUUCUAUGCUGGAUGUGGCUGUGGAUAGAGAAGUGGAAGGAGACCUGCUUCAGGGAGACAUGGGUCAGGGCAUCCCCUUCAGGCCUGGGUCUUUUGAUGGUUGUAUUAGCAUUUCUGCUGUGCAGUGGCUCUGUAAUGCUGACCAGAAGACACACAACCCUGCCAAGCGCUUGUACUGCUUUUUUUCAUCACUUUAUUCUGCUCUGGCCCGAGGAGCUCGAGCAGUUCUACAGCUGUAUCCAGAGAAUGCUGAGCAGUUGGAGCUGAUUACAGCCCAGGCAAUGAAGGCUGGUUUCACUGGAGGCAUGGUGGUGGACUUCCCCAACAGUGCUAAAGCUAAGAAGUUUUUCCUCUGUCUGUUUUCUGGCCCUUCAGGAGUGUUGCCCAAGGGCCUGGGCACCGAGUGUGGAGAUUCACAAGAAAUGAGAGAGUCCAAGUUUUCUAAUGAAAGGAUCCGCUUUAAGACGACAAAAGGCAAGUCUGUGAAGAAGAGCCGUGACUGGAUCCUUGAGAAGAAGGAACGGCGGCGGCGGCAGGGCAAGGAGGUCCGAGCUGAUACACGUUACACUGGCCGCAAGCGGAGACCCCACUUUUGAGCAUCAGCUCCUGCCCUUUGGAGCUGGCCCAGAGCUCCCUCUGCUGCUUGGGCAGCUCCGGCUUGUUUCCUGUUUGUCUGCCACAAUCCAGCCUUAGGUGUAGCCUGACCUGUUACUGCUGCUGGGUAAUUCAUCUCCCAGGAGAGCAGGUCAGAGCUGUCUGUUGGCUCCUGUGGCCACAGAGCAGGGCUCCCUUUGUGCCUUCACUUGGCUCUCCUGAGGGAUCCACCAGCAGUUGGUCAUUCUAAUCCCAGAUUCCUCAAAAUGGACCAGUGAGGCUGGAGGCCUCGGGCUUAGGGCUUGGUCUAUGGCCUCAGAAGGCACCUGAGGCCAGCCACCAGCCUGCCUGUUCUCAGGGUCACACGAGUCUUGGCUUUCUGUUCAGAAGAGCUUGCCCAGCAGUGAAAUGGCAUUAUAGGCAUCAAGGAGGAUUUGGUAAUGGGAAGGUCCCUCCAAAAAAAAAAAAGACUGAAGAGUGUUUCAUCUUUUGAAUAAAGUAAAACUUGGCCAAAGUGAAAUAGUCUUGAAAGUCAACUUAAGGUGUAGGCAGGGGUGGCAAGCUGCCCAGGCCAGUGCUAGGAGAUUGACUUGAGCUAGGCAUGGAAUUCCAGGCUUUGAGAUGGAGAGCUGGAAGGACCCUCAGAGUCCUCAUUUGUAGAUGAGACUGCAGCCCACAGACAGGAUGUGACUCAUCCACGUUUCCGUAGCUGGUCAGUAGAGACUGCCCUGCGUGGUUCCUGCUUCUUGGUCAGCAGCAGCAGGAGAAAAGGGAGGAGGACUUGGUAAGGGACGCAGUUAAAAGCCAAGCUGACCUCCUUGGUGCACUCACUUCAGCCUGGGGAACAAAGAUGGGCCAUGUCCCUUUGCAGCUGGUAGUGGGUAGUAGUGGGGGCAUUAUGCAUUAUAAUAAAAGAAUAAUGUGUGUGGACAA